CCCUCAACGCGACUGUCUCACUGUCUCUCCUCUCACAGGCUUGUAAAGUCCUCUCAGCACAGAAGCGUCGCGAGUGUGUGGAUACAUGGAUCUGUGUGUGAUUGUGCUGUUGUCUCUAUGCGGGCUUCUGCGGGGCCAAGAUCCCGUCUCGCUGGACGACUGCUGUAAGGAUGGCAAGGACAGAGGUCAGGAGUCUCAGGACUGCACGAGUCUGCCGCUCAUCUCUGAAUCCACAACCUGCAGGAUAGCUCAGGAACAGUGUUGUGCGACGGUUCUUGACGACAACAUCUGCACCAUCGGGAUCAACAUGGCGAAGGACCAGGGCAGUUGCGACAGCCUCUUGUCCAGCAGCACAUGUGAAACCAAGACGUCCAAGAUGUGCUGCGAGUGCUGUUUGCUCGGCCGGGCGGCUCAGGAGCGAGGCCUGUCAUGUGACCUGACGCUCGCUGUGGGGUACCAGUGCGGUGUGGUGUCCCGGGCCUGCUGUGUGGACCGCCUGCCCAUUAUACAUGCGAAACCCACACCGGAUUUACAACCCGAUGCACCAAACAUUGACGACCGAUGCAAAGCUGCAGGCUGUGCUCAGCGUUGUGUGAACGGCACUUGUGUGUGUUUGGAGGGAUUCAAGCUGAAGGCGGAUAGAAAAACCUGUGAAGACAUCAACGAGUGUGUGUUGGGCGCUUAUCAGUGCCGUCCGGGCGAACGCUGCAUCAACACACUCGGCUCGUACCGGUGUCAGAGAGAGGUCAGCUGCGGGACGGGCUACGAGCUCACCGACUCCAACCAGUGCGAAGACAUUGAUGAGUGUGAGACGGGCACUCAUAACUGCGCAGCCGAGAUGCUGUGCCAGAACUCAGCCGGGUCGUUCCGCUGCCGGCCCAGAAUGCAGUGCGGCGAGGGGUUCAUUCAGGACGCUCUCGGCAGCUGCAUCGAUAUAAACGAGUGUCUGAGUGUGACGGGCCCGUGUCCGGCGGGUCACAUGUGCUUUAACACCGUCGGCUCCUUCACCUGCCAGAGACAGUCUGUGAACUGCGGUCGCGGAUACCAUCUGAACGCACAGGGAACUCGCUGCGUCGAUAUCGACGAGUGUGCGGGUCCUGAUAACUCCUGUGACAGUCACGGCUGUAUUAAUCUGUUGGGCUCGUACCGAUGCGAGUGCAGGUCCGGCUUCAUCUUCAACAGCAUUACCAGAUCCUGUGAAGACAUCAACGAGUGCAGGAACUAUCCGGGCCGACUCUGUAAACACAAGUGUGAAAACAUCCUGGGCUCCUACAAGUGCAGCUGCACCACCGGCUUCAAGCUGGCCAGCGACGCCAGGAACUGCGAAGACCUCGACGAGUGCGAGAGCGGCCCCUGCAGUCAGGAGUGCGCCAAUGUUUACGGGUCCUAUCAGUGUUACUGUCGCCGUGGUUACCAGCUGAGUGAUGUGGACGGGAUCACCUGUGAAGACAUCGACGAGUGUGCGCUGCCCACCGGUGGACACAUCUGCUCUUACCGAUGCCACAACACACCGGGAAGCUUUCACUGCACGUGUCCCGCCACCGGAUACACACUCGCUCCCAACGGACGCAGCUGCCAGGAUAUCGAUGAGUGUGUGACCGGGACUCACGCCUGCACAGAAUCCCAGAGCUGCUUCAACAUCCAGGGUGGAUAUAAAUGCCUGAGCUUCGACUGUCCGGCGAACUACAGGCGCUCGGGAGACACUCGCUGUGAGCGCUUGCCUUGUAAUCUGACUAGCGAGUGCCUGGCCUUGCCUGUGAGAAUUACCUACUACCACCUGACAUUCCCCACCAAAAUCCCCAUUCCCACCAACAUCUUCCGCAUGGGCCCGUCCAACUCGGCGCUCGGGGACGACAUCGAGGUGGCCAUCGUGGACGGGAACCAGGGAGGCUUCUUCUCCGCCAAACGCGUGGAUCACGGGGGCGUGUUGGUGGUUCAGAAACCCAUCACGCUUCCUCAGGACUUUGAAAUCUCUCUGGAGAUGAAACUGAGGCGAUUCGGACACCUUAGCGUUUACCUCUUCAAGAUACGCUUGUUUGUAACCCCCGACGAGCUGAGCAACGCCAUCACUGAAUGAAACCAGUGUUUUAUUAGCGCAGUGCUUCAUUAAAGGUGCAGUGUGUAAUAUUUAGGAGGAUCUGUUGACAGAAAUGCAAUAUCAUAUACAUAACUA